AAGAAAAAACGCCUGGGAGUCACCAGCUCCGCACCUCCGCACCUCCGCGCCGCCACAGCCUCCAGGUCGGGACGGAGCUCCAGUCCGGCCCCGCAACCCCCGACAAACAGCGCAGAUCCGCACCCGAAGGGAAGCUCGGAGCUCCAGGGCGGCUCUGCUGGCGGCUCGCUGCUCGCUCCCGAUCCGCGUCUGAGCGUCUCUGAGCGGCUACAAGUGUCUGACGGAGAGCCAGCACCGAGGGAGGACGGAGAAGAAGGAGAAAAGGGAGGAUAAAGGCGAGGAAGGAGGGAUGGUGGACAACUCCAGCGGCAGCAAGGCGCAGACGCCCGGCAUGUCCCAGGACUCCGGCGUGGCGUUCCCUCAGACGCCGACGGGCGGCAUGAAGCUGGAGGCCGUGAUGGAGCAGCUGCAGCGGCAGCAGCAGGCCCGGCUGGAGAUGGAGCGCAAGGAGAGGAAGCUGCGCGAGGCGCACAUCAUGUACGCGCAGCAGGUGGCCGCGCAGCAGGCCAUCCUGGCGGCCGCGCGGGCCUCCGGGGCCGGCUUCAUGAGCAAAGGCCUGGCCGGGGGGGGCGUCCCCGGGGUCGGGCCGCCCCGCGUCUCCAACCAGAGCAGCGUGGACUCGGAGCGCGAGGACGACGAGGACCGGGGCCGGGACUCGGGCGACGAGGACGACGACAACGAGAUGAUGGAGGGCGACGAGGGCAGCGAGGAGGACGAGGGCGGCGCCGGCGGGCUGGAGUUCCUGCGGAAGCAGACGCUGGCCCUGCAGCAGAACGCCGCCCGCGUGCCGGCGCGCCCGUACCCGGGCUACCCCGUCUCCGCCGCGCAGAGGGCGUCCCCGCCCGUCAAGGUCAAGCAGGAGCCCGACGAGGGCCUGUCCCCGCCGGCCGGGCCCAACGCGGCCGCCUCGCCCAACGGCCAGGCCGACUGGGGCUACGACGACCACUUCAGACAGAACGGCAGUGCGGGCUGGGCUGACGAGGCCGACAGCAGCCGGGGGAGAGGAGAAGCUUCCAGAGACUUCGCUAAGCUGUACGAGCUGGACAACGAUCCCAAAAGGAAGGAGUUUCUGGACGACCUCUUCACCUUCAUGCAGAAACGAGGAACUCCGGUGAAUCGUAUUCCCAUCAUGGCCAAGCAGGUCCUGGACCUGUACAUGCUGUACAAGCUGGUGACGGAGAAGGGCGGCCUGGUGGAGGUGAUCAACAAGAAGAUCUGGAGGGAAAUCACCAAGGGCCUGAACCUGCCCACGUCCAUCACCAGCGCCGCCUUCACCCUGCGCACACAGUACAUGAAGUACCUGUAUCCGUACGAGUGUGAGAGGAAGGGCCUCAGCUCUCCGGGCGAGCUGCAGGCCGCCAUCGACAGCAACCGCCGCGAGGGCCGUCGCCCCAGCUACAGCAGCAGCCUCUUCCGCUUCUCCCCGUCUCCCAGCACGGCGCCGCACAUCCUCUCCCCUCCCAAGAUGCACCUCUCCGGCCUGGGCGCCGGCACCUCGGUGGGCCUGAACGGCCUGCAGGCCUCGCCGGUGCCCUCUCUGAAGAAAGACGAGCUGGCCCAGUCCCUCCUGGCGGGCCGGCCCCCCAUGGGCCUGUCCCUGGGCCACCAGCAGGUAGCCGGCCUGGCCCGCGCCGCCACGCUGGAGCAGCUCCGGGAGAAGCUGGAGACGGGCGGGGGGGAGGGCCCGGAGAGGAAGAUGGCCCGGCUGGCGGAGGAGCAGCAGCGUCUCAUGCAGCAAGCCUUCCAGCACAACCUGCUGGCCAUGGCCUCCCAGAUGCCCAUGAACCUGCGGCUGGGAGCGCCGGGCUUCACCACCAGAGAGGAGAAGCAGCAGGACAUGUCUCUGAGCAUCUCCACCAACGGGAACGCCAGCAUCACCGUCUCCGUGGAGGUGAACGGCACAAUCUACUCAGGAACCCUGUUUGCCCAGAAGUCUGGCGGGGCCCCGGGGCCGGCCGUGUCGGCCGCCAUCGCCUCGGCCUCCCCGGCUGGAACCAGCACCAGCUUCGGCUUCUCCACGCCCCAGGCCCCGACCCUCAGCCCCACAUCCUCCUCCUCCUCCUCCUCCAAGGGCGCCGGCGGGGCCGAGCCGGCCCCCAGCGGGUCCCCCUAGCGGGACACGUGGCCCCCCGGGCCCCCCGGGGCCGCUGCUCCUCCCAGGGGCCCCGGCAGGAAUAUACACGACAAAGAAAAAACCGAUAAGAAUAAGAAACUGUUGCACAACAAAUACCUCAUCGACCCUGUCAAGCUUUGGCUGUCCAAUCAUGAACGUAACGCCCGAGAAAAGUCGACGACAACUCAAGCCCAACGACACUGCUAUGCAUUUACACACACACACACACACACACACACACACACACACAUCUCAUGCUAAACACAAUCAUUUCAGCCAAAUCCGCUGACAGGUGUUUUCAUAACUGAACUUGAAAAGAUUUAUCUUGGGACAUUUUGUUUGUUGGUUGCCAUUUGUUGUCUUUUUUUUUUUUUUUUUUUUUCUUUUUUGUGCGUGUGUGCGUGUGUGUGUGUGCGUGUGUGUUUUUAGAAUGACUUUUAUUUCAAGUUUUUCCUCUUUUUACAUACCUCAAAUCAAGUAACCUGCAGUGGUGUCUUUACCUCAGGAGCUGUAGAAUAUUUAACCUGAAUCGACUUUAUUUUUAUAUUCUUUUUUUUUUCGACCUAGUUGCAAUCAGGGGAAAAGUCGGGUAGCUCUCGCCACCGGAACCAAAAUGGGACGGAGAACCCGCCGUAACGGCAGCCGGGGCCGCUCGGGUCGUUCCUCCUCACACUGUAGCCUCUCGCUGAACCUGACCCGCGUGUGAUGCUGUGGAUCAGCGUGAUGCUGUGGAUCAGCACGUUUCUGUGGAUCAGCACGUUUCUGUGGAUCAGCACGUUUCUGUGGAUCAGCACGUUUCUAAUGGAUCAGCACGUUUCUAAAUACCUCACUUCCUGCCGGCCCCGCGGGGGCCGCCGCAGAGCCGGGGGGGCCCGUGUCUCAGCGCGCCCCCCCGCCACCACCACCUCUCGUUUUCUGUGACCUCCUUCCACCUCCAGCCGCCCGGCUGAUCGACAGUUUGGGACUCGGACCUCAAGCCCCGGCCCCCUCCGCUCCGGAGCGGCGCCUUUUUCUCAGGAAGCUCCGCGACAACCGCCAGGAAUCACUCCUAACGUUUUAGGAGACGCUACAAUAACAAGGAUUCAUGCAUGAAUGCACAAGACUACACGACUGUUUCAAGAUACCUCAUCAGCUCUCGGAGGGAGAGAGAGCGACUACACACUUGGACGUACGGACGCUGCGGGAAGCUUUCAGGGGGGGGGCAUCCAUCUUUCUU